AUGGGUGACAGGUCGCUGGCUGGGAGCCUCCUGGUUGCCCUGGGCUCUGUGGAGCUGACGGAUCAAAGGGACCCCUGCCUUCGGCUCUCCUCACUCAUCCCGUCCGAGUCUGAGGGCAGGAUUCGGCCCUGGGCGGUGAAGUGCCUGGGCGGCGGGAGCCCGGGUCCCCCGUCACGGGAAGAUGAACCCUCCUUUGCAGAAGUUGGAGCUGCCCCAGAGAGUCUGUUUGUGAAGACAGAGGCCCAGCCUUCAACAUCCUCGCUGGCAAACACCUCAUCGACUGCCACAGUGAUUUCUGACAGUGGCUUAGGAAGUCAAAUAUGGGAAGACAAGGGUCCGGUGACAUGGGAUGCACCAUCUUGGACCUCAGAGGCCCAAUUUUCAUGGACCCGGAUUGCAAAGGCUCAGGCCUGGAAAAUCCAUGCUAUGGAGGGUCACGCCAGGACCAGUCAGCCCAAGCCAAUUUCUGUACCAGAGGUGGCACCUUCCUCAGUCCUAAAGCAGAAACCCACAGAUGAGAAGGUGCAGAUGACAGAGAAGGAAGAGAGUGAGGUCCUCUAUGCCCGUCCAUUCUGGUCUAGCAAAGCUGAGUACAUUCUCGCCCAGGUGGGCUUCUCUGUGAGGCCAGAUUGUCUCUGGCACUUUACCUACCUGUGGCUUAACAGUGGAGGCUGCAGUUUCGUAGCUGUCUACAUCUUCAUGCUGUUCCUAGUCGGGGUUCCUCUUCUCUUCCUGGAGAUGGCAGCUGGUCAGAGCAUGCAUCAGGGUAGCAUGGGUGUAUGGAAGAUCAUUGCUCCCUGGAUUGGUGGUGUGGGGUAUUCCAGCUUCAUGGUGUGCUUCAUCGUUGGCUUGUACUUGAAUGUGAUGAAUUCCUGGAUGGUCUUCUACCUGAGCCAGUCCUUCCAGUAUCCUGUUCCAUGGGAGAAAUGUCACUUAAUGGCGAACUCUAGUGGCUUUGAUCCUGCAUGUGAACGGACAACACCCUCCAUGUACUUCUGGUACCAGGAGACCUUGAAGGCCUCAGACAGAAUUGAGGAUGGUGGGUCACCAGUCAGCAAUCUGGUCCUGCCCUUCUUUAUUUGCUGGUGUCUUGUUGGUGCUUUCAUGAUCAAUGGGCUUAAGUCCACCAGGAAGGUCAUAUAUGUCUUGGUAUUGCUCCCCUGUUUCAUCAUCAUUGGGCUCUUCAUCCGGAGUCUACUGCUGGAAGGGGCAAAAUUUGGCCUUCAACAGUUGGUGGUUGCCAAGAUAGCGGACAUGUACAACGUGGGUGUGUGGUCUGUUGCAGGGAGUCACGUUUUGUUUAACACAGGCAUAGGCCUCGGCUCCGUUGCCGCCUUAGCCUCCUACAUGCCCCAGUCCAACAACUGUCUCACUGAUGCCUUUCUCGUGUCCUUGAUAAACCUGCUCACUUUGGUGAUUAGCACAUCUUUCAACUUCUGUGUCCUGGGCUUCUGGGCGACAGUCAUCACACAUCGCUGCUGUGAGAGGAAUGCUGAAACACUUUCAAACUUGAUAGCCCUGGGGAAACUGCCUCCUGCCGCCACCCCCCCUACCAGCCUGGAUGGUAACCCGACCUCCGUCUACAACACCUGGCUCAAUGGCCUUCCCCCGAGCAUCAGAAGCAUGGUUCUCCACGAGGUGUCUGAGUGCAGCAUAGAGACUCAGUUUUUUAAGGCUAAGGAGGGCCCAAAGUUUGUAUUCCUGUCCUUUGUUGAAGCCAUGUCCUUCCUUCCCCUGUCUGUCUUCUGGUCUUUCAUCUUCUUCCUGGCGUUGCUGGCCAUGGGGCUGAGCAGCGCAAUGGGGAUCGUGCAGGGCCUUGUUACUCCACUCCAGGACAACUUCUCUUUCUACAGGAAACAUACAAAGCUGCUCAUAGUGGGACUCUCGACGCUCAUGUUCAUGUGUGGCCACUUCUUCAUUCGACCUUCAGGGAUCUACUUCAUCAGACUGCUGUCUGAGCGCUGGGUAGUCUUCCCCAUCAUUGUCAUCGUCACACUGGAAACCAUGGCUGUAUCCUGGGCCUAUGGGGCCAGGAGGUUCCUCGCAGACCUGAUGACCCUGUUGGGCCACCCCAUCUCUCCCAUCUAUGGUUGGCUGUGGCUCUGUGUGUGUCCAGUUGCGCUGCUAAUCCUGUUUGUGACUGUGACGGUUGAUCUCUGUAAGCAGCCCAUCACCUAUGUGUCCUGGGACUCGAGAACUUCAAAAGAGGUGCUUCAACCAUACCCAGUAUGGAUACUGCUCUUGAUGGUCACCGUUUUUGCCAUUGUCAUCCUCCCUAUCCCUGCAUACUUGGUAUACUGCCUCACACAUGGGAUUCCCUUCAGGACCAAGAGCGGAGACGGGCCUAUAACAGCCUCCACAUCCCUACCCCUAAGUGAUGAGCUAACAUCCAGUAAAGACGUUCAAAAGGAAGAUAUUCUACAAGGUGAUGAAACAAAGUACCCGUCAACCUGUAGUGUGACUUCCUAACUUCAUUCAUUUGGCUUCAUAUCGUAUAUCCCUCAGAACAUCCCAUAGGCAACUCUUAAUAUCAGCUUGCAACUGUUGAUGUCCCUGGAUCCAGAACUUCUGUUACUUCCAAAAGGAGGGGCAUUCUUUGGGGAGUUCAUGGGGUCUGACCUCACAGUCCUCUCCUGGGUCCCAUCUUCCCUGGUUACCACCAUUGUGUUUUCCCACCCUCUUCCUCAACACACAACACAAGCACAACUCAUACGCAAUGCUGAUGAUGCCUACCGUCCUGCUGUUUCUGGGGUUCCUGUCUCCUGGAAUGGAGCUGAAGGA